GAAUAUGUUAUUCCCAUGGAGGGGAAUUCCCAGUGUAAUUAUUCUCAGCUCAGGGCUAUUCCUGGUGAAGCGGUAAGUGGAUGGAGUGAUGUUUGCUCCCAGUGGGUUGGUCACUCCUGCUGUUUCUACUGCCUCCCCUUGUCUCCUCCCUCUGUGCCGUGUCGGUGUGAACCGGCUCCGCUUGGCAAGGACGCCCGGCAGCAGAGAGAGCCGACAGUGUCGCCCCAGCACCAGGACCGACUACAAGAGAGAGACAUGCAGGGACUGAAGCGGCCCCUAACCCAGGGGCUCCGCUUUCUGAUCGCCGGGAAUCGGCAGCAGCUCCUUCCCAGGGCGAGGAUCGUCUCCAAACCCGCGAAGAUCGAGCUGACAACAACGGAACAGAUCAUAGGUUUCACUGUCUUGACAGCUUCAAUAAUGAUACCUUCGAGUUGGAUGUUGGCUCAUUUGGAAGAUUACAAGCACAGGCCAGAGCCUGCAAACAACUGAGAGAGAUUUACUCUGAAUUCUCAUCAUUGCCAAAGAGUGGCCAUAACUUUGCUAUGCUGAUAUCUGAAUUUACUGAUUAAAAUGUUUGAAACUA